AUGGACGAAUCUCUCCUCUCCGACCCCGUUCCGCCCCCCUCGUCCGACCUCCGAAGUCUGAGCUCUUCCGGUCGCACCAAGACGACUCCCGUAGAUCUAGAGACCAUGGCAAGCUCCGGUCGCAGCAAUGGCCGCUCCUCGUCCAUCGACUCCAGCUCCGACAGACCGAAAUCACAGUCCGGCGAUGCGGACUCCGCCAAGGCAGGCUCCAGCGGAUUCUCCAAGCUACUAGCCGCGCGUCGCAACAAGAAAAAGAGGAAGGACACCCAGAAGCAACCAGACGAACUGCCAACUCAGUAUGAGUUGGAGGAUGACCAGCACAUACAGGGCAGUCGCUCAAACGAACCGUGGAAUGGGAAUCCGUCUUUGAUCAACGACCUGCCCCCCCCUCCGGACAACGACGCUAUCAACCUCCUCACCGAUGACUCCGAACCUGACCGCACGCCACCACUCACCUCGCAUAACUCCCAUAGUGGCUUCUAUACCUCGUCCUCUCCUUUGAUCAAAACAACCUCCGUGGAAGCAACCGAUGAUGGUGCUCAGGGAGACCUCGAGUCGGUCGUCAGUGGUCCGAGUGCCGGUCCAGAGUCGAUUCCAGACUCGGAACGCUCAAGGCCCACGAGCCAACACGGUCAUACCCUAAGUGUACCUUCAUCUGGAAAGAAGAGGGGCACCUCUCCCGGUCGACGAUUCAAGAAUCCUUUCACGUCGAACGCGGAGAAGAAGCCCAAUCGAGAUCGAACCAACUCAACAUCCGCAGAAAGCACGAAAAGCACGAAAAGCACGAAAAGCAGAAGUGGUAGUGUGAUCCCGGCCCCGAUUCUGACGGACUUGAAGGAGGACAAACCGCUCUCCUUGGAGGCUCCUGCUCCAAGGACGCCCCCCCACACAGCGAUCCCGCAACCCUCGACCACGGUAACCCCUCCGACUCCGCGGACAACAGAAUUCCCCAAGUUCUUCGCCUCUCCGGAGGUGGCGGCCUCGCCAGACUCGAUGCACUCGAAGGACGGUGUCGUAGUCAGCCCGUCUGGCAAUAUGAUCUCCCAUCGGCGCGUGCGGUCCGCCUCCGCUGCCAGCCACAAACCGAGCAAGUUGUCGAAUUCUAUAUCUGCCAUGGGACCCACCGCAGAGGAGACAAACGCGACAUCGAAACCUCCCCCGAGUGCCCAGCAGUCAAGCUUCUUUUCAUCGGUCUUUUCUGCCGCACAGAAUGCCGCAUCGUCCCUCAGCAGCAGUCUCAAUGCGCAAUCGAAAGGUCGCAGCGUCAGUCAGGCAGGGGCGGGAGAGCACGACAAUCGUGCUACCGCUGAGAAACAGGAAAGUUCAACUCAGGCGGUGGAAAGCAGAAAGUCAGACGAGAAGAAGCCCAUGGCUGUUGAUACCCUGGGAUCGGGUAACCUGGAUUUUAGCCACUUGGACAUAGCAAUCCCUCCUGGUGGAUCAGUCUCGACUCCAGACGGGGUGGUCAUUACCAAGCCUGAGCUACCAUCAGAUCGGCGCAAAGGCCCUGGCGUUCUGCAGCGUGAUGAAGAAGCUGCUAGACUGGAAGAUAGCCGUGCUGCUCGAGCAGUCACCAUGGCCUACGAGCAACCGGCCGCCACCUCUCUCGCCCCGCCCAUGGAUGACGGCGUUGAUGGCAAUUCCAGCACAUCGCUCACUAGGGAAGGAACUGGGAACCAGACGACGCCCAGCGGCAGCGUCGUGGAGGGCGAGUUGGGAGGUACCCGGCCAUAUCGAAGCGGUAGCAUCCGAAGCCGGAUGGCCCGGCGGAGAAAUCGUGGCUCAUCUGAAGCCACCACAUCGACUAUUGGCGCGAUUGGUGCCAGCGCAAUAGCCCUAGGAGCCCCUGGGGCUAAUGCCAGUGUGCCACGGCUCACCGGAUUCGCUGUUGCCAGCAAAAAGCGUAACCGGGACUUCCAUCAAUUGUUCCGCAGUGUCCCCGAAGAUGACUACUUGAUUGAGGAUUAUAGCUGCGCUUUGCAGCGAGAGAUCAUUCUGGCUGGUCGCAUCUACAUCUCUGAGGGGCAUAUCUGCUUCUCCAGCAACAUUCUGGGAUGGGUGACAACCCUCGUUAUCAGCUUCGAUGAGGUUGUGGCGAUUGAGAAGGAGUCAACCGCGAUGGUCUUUCCAAAUGCGAUUGCGAUCCAGACUCUUCAUGCGCGACACACCUUCCGUAGUCUUCUGAGUCGAGAGUCCACAUAUGAUCUUAUGGUCAACAUCUGGAAGAUCAACCAUCCUGCCCUCAAGAGCUCAGCAAAUGGAACCAGGGUCACCGACGGCACUGGAGACAAGACGGAGAAGGCUGCUGAAAGCGAUGUGGAAAGUGACGACGAAGAUGAGAUUUAUGAUGAGGAUGAGGAAGGCGACAAUGCCGACAGCAUCUUCGAAGGAGCCACCAGUGUUCAUGGCAGCGAGAAGUCUGUCCCCUCGAAGACAAUCAGUCGCCAAGCCUCAGGUCUCCUCCAAGGUGCCAAUAAUGGACAGUCGGCUUCGAACGGUGAGGCCAAAGGUAGCAAAGCGAGCUCCCCCAGCGACGGUGAUACGGAUUUCCCUGGACCCGCUACCCACGCGCCUACCGAGUUCACUGAUCCUUCGGGUCAGUACGAUAAGGUGAUCAAGGACGAAAUCAUCCCUGCUCCUCUAGGCAAAGUAUACUCCUACAUCUUCGGCCCCGCAUCAGGCGCAUUUGUACCCAAAUUUCUGGUCGAGAAUCAGAAGUCUGGCGAGCUUCAGUUUGAGAGCGGUAACAAAGGUCUCACCAACGAGAGUAAAACCCGGAAAUACUCGUAUAUCAAGCCACUAAAUGGAUCCAUUGGGCCCAAGCAGACCAAGUGUAUCAGCACAGAGAGCUUGGACUUUUUGGAUCUGGAGAAAGCAGUGCUGGUCACUUUGAGUACCCAAACGCCCGAUGUUCCAAGCGGUAAUGUCUUCUGUACGAAGACCAAAUACCUUUUCACUUGGGCGGCGAACAACCAAACCCGGUUCCUGAUGACCUGUACUAUCGAGUGGUCCGGAAAAAGCUGGCUGAAAGGUCCCAUUGAAAAGGGUGCCAUUGAUGGCCAAACCUCAUUCGGAACUGAGCUUGUGAACGCUCUCAAGGCUGCAGUUGCACCUCGUGGUCGCGCCGGCGGUGCCAAGUCCGGUAAAGGCAAAGGCCGCCGCAAGAGAAGUGCGUCCGCUCAAGAAGACUCUGCAUCAGAGACAAAGGCAGCAGAGAAGGCAGCUGCUGAGAAAGCAACAUCGUGGGGACCUCUGGAACCGCUACAUGGGAUCCUGGGACCUGUAUCGGACAUGAUCACGCCUUUGCUGAGCGGAAAUGUAACCCUCGUGAUCAUCGGCAUUCUUCUCUUUAUGCUCUUCUUCCGAAGCCCUUCUCAGUCGUCGACGAUGUCUCACGACAUUGGGUGUCCGGGCUAUUCCUUGCCUCAGCGUCUCGCUGCCUACGAAGAGAUGUGGCGCCGAGAGGAAAGUGAGCUCUGGAGCUGGCUGGAAGAUCGAGUUGGCAUGGAUGGUCUGGCCUUUCCGACGGUCAGCCAGCCGUCCGGUUCGCGGACGCACCAUCUGUCGAGAAAGAUGCAAGGUGAGCGUGCGCUCGCCGGCAGAGUGAAUGAAGAGAAAAUGUCUGAUCUCGAGAUGGACCAUGCCAUUCGGUCCACACGCGAGCGGCUCGACACGCUGGAGAAGAUUCUUUCUAGCCGACGAUCCGACACAAAGCCAGUGGAGCAAGAACCUCUCCACGGGGAGUUGUAA